AAGUUAAUUAGAGGUUUGACUGUGUGUUGGUAAGGUAAGAUCGAAAUGGAGUCGUAUAGCUUCCACUCGGCAUCUUUUCUUCUUCUCGCUUCUGCCGUAUGUUGCUUUUCACACCCUUCUCUCCUCGGCGUUCACCCUCUAGAUGAGAAAUAUUAUACCUCUCAUCUCAUCCAAUGUAAGGAUGGAUCAAAAUCCUUCUCCAGUGACCGUCUCAACGACAACUUCUGUGAUUGCUCUGAUGGCACUGAUGAACCUGGAACUUCAGCUUGUUCAGCAGGGAAGUUUUAUUGCAGAAACCUAGGAAGCAAGCCACAGUUUAUAGUUUCUUCUCAUGUUAAUGAUUGUUAUUGUGAUUGUUGUGAUGGGAGUGAUGAAUAUGAUGGAACCAUUCAGUGUCCCAACACAUGUGUCAUGGGUGGGAAUGCAGAGAACAUGUAUGGCAAUUAUAAUUCAAAAGUAAGUGAUCUGGGUGUUUUUUCUGAAAAAGAAACAAAAAAUGGAGUGAAGUCAGAGGAAUCAGUUCACAACCUUAAUGGUUUGAAGUUGGCAAUUAUUCUACAAGUGGUUGUAGUUAUUUUUCUGGUUUUCCUCUGGAGUUUUCGUUGCCACACCAGAUAUAGGAGGAGGCGUUCCCGCUGAAUUGAAAGAGACCAUGGUGUUUACAUGAUAUGGAACUGUGGUUUCAUGUUUUUUACGGUACAAGAUACUCCAGAACUAUAUAAAAUUAUCAAUAAUGGUGAUUGGAUCAACAAUGAACUAUAUAUUUUCUUUCUCAUUUCCACCCUUUUUUGAACCAUUGUCCUUCAGUUGCCCAUUGUCAUCAUUACAAAACCUUGGGCAGGCAGUGUUAGAGCUAAAGCAAAAAUAAUGAACCAUGAGAAAAUUCCCAACUUUGUCAUUUCUUUGCAGUGCGGCAAAAUAUUGAAUCCUUAUUUUACCCCUUGUCAUCCUACCCAACCCAGAGUGCAAAUUAUUGGUGAAAUGCUGCAAUCUUUAAUUCCUCUCAUACCUCACUGUAGGCACCGUCGAGCCUAUUCCUAGUUCCUACAUUAUUUUUUAAAUCUUCCAAAGCUUUCAUACCCUCUCUCUUGCUCUUGUUAUCUGCCAAUGGACUCUACGUUCUGGUCAUGCUCGACUGCCAAACCUACAUACUUCUCUAAUAUGUUUGGUUGUAGCAUUAACACUUGUCUAAUUCUAUAUCUAAUAUUUUGCUUGAGAUGCAAAAAUCAGAUAUCUUGACUGUUGGACUUGUAAUUUUCCUACUAUCAUCUAUGUACCGUUUGAUCAGCUGGUGGAUGCACUCAAACACCUGAAGGGCGUGGGUAGAGCAGGAUAUGUUACUGAUUUAGAGAGUUACAGCAUUGUUUUAUAGGUUAUUCAGCUAAACUACGCCACAGGGUAGCUAGCUAGCUUGGCAAUGCCACACAAGCCAUCUUUAUCGAAUGUAUCACGCUUAAUCUUCAUAUAGCCAGAUUCGCCCCACUCAGUACCCCAUGAAUUCUUCACAAUCCAGUACUUGUCACUAUUUACUUCUCCAUACCCAACCACA